AGAGAUGGAGGACUGGUUGGUGAAGGCCGAGGGCACCUGGGUCCUAGCCGAAGGAUUUAACAAUUUCCUUGGAAAGGUUAUGCAUGAUGAGGCUUGGCCUAGUGACGGACGCGUGGCAAUGCUACGCUUGAUGGCCUACGGUGCUGGAGAAGACGACAUUGUUCUAAUCCUCCACAUGGAUCGUAAAGAUCAUUUACUAAUGAACUACGCACAAAAGUUUGACCGUCUUCCAACAAAGGAACAAGAAGCACUGACACUCCUGUUUUGUAAUCUGUUUGAGACUGCUAGUGCAAGUGAAUGGUUGUUAUAUAUAUCUGAAUGGGACGCCCCUGGAGGGGGUCUACCCCUCUCUUUGGAAAAUCAGCGGAUUCUGGAGGAGAAGCGAAAUUUUCUAAACAAAGAUGAAAAGAAAACGAAGAAGAAGAAAUAUGAUGAAAGAAUUGGAAGGAAAGGGAGGGUAGGGGAGGGAAAGGAAGAAGAAAGAAAGAAAACGGAGAAAGCUGAAAAGAAAGCUGAAGAGAAAGCAGUAGCUGCCGGGCAGAGUGCCAGUAAUUCUCAUAGUUUUAAACCACUCAGGAAUCUUUCAGAGCAGAGAAACCCAAGUCAUCCCGGCAUAUUAAGAAGUAUCUCGUGUGAGCUACCUGAUCCCGUCCUAGCUACCCCUGCCGGCCAACUCUUUAGAAACAAGUCGCUGAAACGAGUUUCAUUUGACGAGCGUCGAGAAAUUAUCAACGAAGAAUCUCGGUGUCCAACUCCUGUAGAUCAAUCUGAGGAAGAUCUUCCACCCCUUGAGGAGAUAAAAACUUCAUUAGAG